AUCUCAUACCCCUUUCUCUUUUUAGUUUGCAGGAUUUCUUCCAAAAAGAAUCAACAAGUCAAUCCCAUUGAAAAUAUAUACUUUCUUCGUAUACAUACUCACAUGGUUUGUUGUUUUCUUUCAUUGUUAUUACCAAACCAAGACCAUCUUUUAAAAAUCUGGUUCUUGAAUUUGUCUUAACCAAACAUAGAACCACUCCUAUAAUAUUGUAACAGCCACCCCUUCUACUCUCCUCACAGCAAACAACAUCAUGGGCUUUGACGAUAAUGAUCACCCGUUUUUUGAUCACCACAGAACAAAGAAAUAUGAUCUUAACAGCAAGAUCAUGUUAACAGCCAUUAUUUCAUUAUCUAUAGUUAUUUUCUUCGUUAGCCUCCUUCAUAUAUACGCACGGUGUGUGCUUAGACGCCAAGCUCGACAGAGGGCGGCGCUUCAACAAUUAAGCGCCGCCCAAAUCGAGCCACCCAAACAAGGACUCCAACCGUCCGCUAUAGCUUCGCUUCCUAUAUUUACUUUCAAGCAGAAUAAUCUUGCCGAUGGUGCUAAAGAAAAUAAUUCUGUUGAGUGCACGAUUUGUUUGAGCGUUUUUGAAGAUGGCGAAACGGCUAGGACUUUGCCUAAUUGCAAACACGUUUUUCAUGCAGAGUGCAUUGAUAAAUGGUUGGUUUCUCAAUCAACGUGUCCAAUUUGCCGGACUGAGGCGGAGCCCCGGUUAGUUCCGGAGCCCCGAGAGGGCAUUGUAGGCCGCACUCCGCCCUCGGCGCCGUCGCUCGAGGGUGGUGAUUCAAUAAAUAUUGAAGUGAGUUCAGAUUGCGGAUUAACACAGCCUUCAUCAUCAUCAUUAGCUAAAAUUAGUGGACCAAGUUCGAGAUUAAGCUCGUUUAGGAGAAUGCUUAGCAGGGAAAUAUCAUCAAGACGAUUUCAAGCUGUUCAAUCUUGUGGUGAAGAAGAUGGUAUAAAUAUUGAUCUUGAGAGACAAUGAUUAAUAUAGUGCAAUUAGGUAUGAAUUUUGAUGUUUAUUUUUUGAUCAAAUUCGGUACUCCAUGGCUUCACUUCUUAGCCAUGGUAACAGCUCUGUCCCGUAGCUUUCUUGUAUACACACAAAGUACAUGACAAAAAUAGAUGAUUUGUUACUCCGGC